AUGGUGGGGGGUGUGGGCGAGGGCGUGGGCGCGGCGGCGGCGGAGUGCGAGGGGGCGGCGAACGGGACGGGCAAGACGCACCAUUUUGCGGUGCGCAGUCGCGACGAGCGCAUCGACUGGAUGCGCGAGCUGAUGCUGGCGAAGGCGCUGAAGCAGAAGGGCGAGGGCUUCGAGGUUAGCGUUAAUGGGAACAUGAUCUAGGGCUGGACUUGCUGCUGAUGCUGCUACCUCUGCCUCACCUAUAUCCUAUAUCUUGUCGCUUUUAUUUCCCUUCGAUUCACUGCCUUGCUGCGCUCCCCAUACCUACCUCUUGGCCAUUAUUAUAUAUAUUUAUAUAUAUACGACCCAACUACCCGACUCCCACCUACUCGCUCAUCUACGAGCGUCUUGCAGGCAGAUGCCAUAUAUCAACUCCCCCCUCUCUGUCACUCACUUUUCCGUCCGCACACAGCCUCCAUACGAGGCAUCACUGUGUAUCGGCGGAUGAUUCUCCCUUUCCCUUCCACUUUAUCUUUUUUAUAUCCUUCCCCCCCUUUUUAUGUAUGUCCGCGGGCCUUUUUUUUCUAUGUCCUUGCAAAAAAACCCCCCGUCGAUCUCUUGAUCGAUUGAUGAAACGAAUUUAUGACGAAAUAUCUUUAUUUUUAUUUUUAUUUGUUGUUGGUUAAAGUCUCGGGAAGAAGAAACCGCAAGGUUGGUUAGUUGUUUGAGGAAGAGGAAUUUGAUAUCAAUACCUAUCCGGACAUCGGAUGCUUUUUUUCCUAGCGAGCAAACGUCUCGAUUUCUAUAGGCUUAUUAUUCCCCUUCCUUAACUUAUGUUUUUUUGUUCCGGUUUCGUUUUUUGUCGUCGCUGCUCCGCAAAAUUGAGUGAAGCCCGAUUACGGUACCGUUUAUUCUGGGAAGCGUUUGGAAAUGGGGAUUCGCUGGAUUGCGUUUUUUUUCUGUCCUUUUUUAUCUGUUCCGGUCUGCAUAUUUCUCAACUUUUUUUUUUUUUUUUGAUAUCUUCUGUGGUUGAUGAAUAAUGGCGGUGAUGAUGGGCAUAUGAAAUAUACCAACACGCUCCUUAUUCGUCCGUGUCUUGUUCCGUUUACCGUAGGAGAGGGGAUUUUGGUUCGUUGAGAAGAAGAUUCGUGAGGAUGUAGCUAGUUUUUCAAAAUAAAUACGGAAAAGGAAAAAUGAUUAUUAUAUAAGAAACACCGUGUAGUCCUUGACUUGUGUGAAAAGUUAGGUACUCGUGACUCUCGUAAUGGUUUCAUUACACUACUGUGAC